UGGUCUUCUAUCUUUUCAGGGUUGGAAAUCAUUGCCAACCGAACAACCUUCAGCCACAGAGAUCCUGGUGGUUCUCCUUCGCUUUUUGAUCUUCUAGUCAGUUUAGGUCGGAACCAUCAUGCAACUCUUUCUUUGGCCGAUGUCCAUGCAGAGCUAGACUAUUCCCCUGGUGCAAUGGUCUACAUCGCUGGUAGGGUACUGGAGCACUCUGUGGGUCCUUGGAUUAAUGGAGAAAGAAUUGUGGUUGCCCAUUUUAUGAAGGAUGCUGUGCAUGAUAGAGUUAAAGUGCCAAGGCCAAGUUUUCCUUUGCAGAGGAACUUUUUAGAGUUGGUAGGGAGGAAACCCAAACCCGCGGGUCGGAGAGCCAAUAAAUUACAAAGAUAG